AUGAGUUUUCAAAGAACGGAAAGAAGAAAGUCAAUGGCAGAACGUAGACCUUCUACGUCAUAUACGCCACCUGUCAUUCCGCAUUUAGCCGGAUUGGAAAAACCACAAGACCAAUAUUUAAAAAUGGAUAAUUGUGAUGUUUUAAUAUUAGGAACUGGUUUACAAGAAAGUAUAUUGGCAGCUGCUUUAUCAUGGCAAGGAACUCAAGUAUUACAUAUAGAUAAUAAACCAUAUUAUGGAGAUUCUACAUCCACCAUGACAAUAGAACAAUUGAAAAAAUGGUGUGCUGAUGUUAAUUCAAACAAAAUACCACAUUUUCAAGAAGCUCAAAUAUAUAUACCAGGUGGGAAAUUAAAUAAUAAAUUUCAUUCAAAAGAUUAUGGAAUUGAUUUAACUCCAAAAAUUAUGUUUUGUCAAUCAGAUUUAUUAAGUUUAUUAGUGAAGUCAAGAGUUUAUAGAUAUUUGGAAUUUCAAUCAUUAUCAAAUUUUCAUGUUUUUGAAAAUGAUGAUUUUCAACAAAAGAUUAAUUCUACAACUAAACAAGAUAUAUUCAUAGAUAAAUCAUUAUCUUUAAUAACGAAAAGAAAUUUAAUGAAAUUUUUGAAAUUUAUAUUACUAGAUCCAAAUUAUAAAGCUAAAAUCACUAAACCUAAUCAACCUAUUCAAACUUUCCUUAAAGAGGAAUUCAAAUUAGAAGAUCCACAAAUUAAUGAGUUAGUAUAUUCAAUUGGACUUUCAUAUAAAGAAGAUAUCACCACUAAAGAAGCUCUUAUAAAAAUUAAAAGAUUUCUUUCAUCAUUUGAUGUUUAUGGUAAAUUUCCAUGUAUGGUUUCAAAAUUUGGUGGACCAGGUGAAUUAGCACAAGGAUUUUGUCGAAGUGCAGCAGUUGCAGGUACAACUUAUAAAUUAAAUUCAAGUCUUGUAGAUUUUGAUCCAAUAACGAAAAUUGCUCAUUUUGAUGAUAAUUCUCAAAUUAAAAUUAAAGAAAAAAUUAUUAUAUCACCAACUCAAUUACCAAAAUUUUUAAAUUCAAGUUAUGAACAAAUCACUGAAAAUUUACAACCUCAUUAUGUAACAAGAUUGGUUACUGUUGUUAGACGAGAUUGUAAGGAAUGGAUGUCACCAAAUGAAUCACUGGCAAUUGUUGUUUUCCCACCACAUUCUUUACCAACGAAUAAUGAAUGUUCAGUACAAGUAAUGAUACAGAAUGGGAAUUCUGGUGUAUGUCCAGAUAAUCAAUCAAUUUGGUUUAGUCAAACUGUUGAACAAGACUUAAGUCGAGCUAAAAGGGAUUUAGAGUCUGCUUAUUCUAAAAUGGAAUCAUCAUUAUUAAGAGAGACAUCAAAUGAUAUAGGUGAGAUGUUAGAUGAAACUGAUUUUGUUAUGAGUCAACAAGGAACACCUGUCUUGGCUAAUUCAUUUAAAUUAGGUUCUCAUUUACAAAAUUUUGUUCCCACAGAAAAACUUGAAGUUGUUUGUAAAUUAGGAUAUGUUGAAAAGACAUUUAUAUCAAAUGAUUUAUCAAAUAUUUUUAAACCUACAAAAGAAAAUAGUAUAAUACUUAGAGAUGUACCUGAUGCUAAAGAUCAAAUUAUUUUUACAAAUACUCCAAGUGCAGAAUUAUCAUAUGAUGGUAUCAUUACUGAUGUAAAAUCUAUAUAUCAAAGAGUUACAGGAACAAGUGAAGAUUUCUUUGAUGUUGAUUUUGAAGAUGAAGAAGAUGAAUAUGAUAGAAGUAAUCAACCAAUAAUACCGCAAAAGAGAUCAUCAGUUAUUGGUGGAAUAGUGGGAGGAGGUUCAGGUACAAGCUUGGCAGCUUUAAGGGAACAAAAUAAUGAAAAUAUAAGUGAUAAUGCUAUAGAUAGUGAUGAUGAAAUAAAUGGAGCAUUUGAUGCUGAUGAAAUGGAAUUAUAA